CCAGUACAAGGCUUUGACUAUGCCAAGCAGCACUUAGGUCAGCAGGGAGCUGAAGAUGAGGUUUUACCUGUAACUCAAGAGACUGUCAUACUUCCACUUCCAGUCAGAGAUGCUCCUUCCUCCCAGGAGAGAGAAAUUACUCAGGACGGGAGCACCAUCAAAACUGCCAAAUCCAAUGAAACAAGGAAGAGCCGGUCCCCAAGUCAGAAUGGCUCCAUCAUCAGCAACGGGUCGGGAAAGCCCAGCUCCAGCCGGAGCUCCCUCCAGAAAGUCAUGGCACCGCCAAAAGUGACAAAAGACGAAGGAAGGAAAAGAAACGGUUUUAAAUCUUCAAAGAAAAUUGUCCCUGUAAGUGAUGAAGAGGAAGGAGGCAUUCUCUUUGAUAACAUUGCCAAAUCUGCCAUUGACCCCUUCGACACCUCUUCUGGAUCGGUUCAGCUGAUCGCUAUCAAACCUGUGGCACUACCUGCUGUUCAUGCUGCGUCAGAGAGAAGCCAGGAACCUGCCAUCAUUAAUGGAGAGGUGAACAAGGCUUUGAAGCAGAAGUCCGAUAUAGAACAUUACCGCAACAAGCUGCGCUUGAAAGCCAAGAGGAAGGGGUACUACGAUUUCCCGCAGGUUGAUAACAACAAGGGGCUGACAGAGAGAAAAAGGAUGUAUGAAAAAAACCAGAAAGAACUUGACCACAUCUUGGAUCCAGAUGCAGAUGUCUCGUCUCCAUUUGCUGAACCUAAGAACAGGCAACCGAUGAAGAACUCAGUGUACAGAAGCAGGCAGUCUUUGAACAGCCCUAGCCCAGGAGAAACCGAGAUGGAUCUUCUAGUGACUCGAGAAAGACCUAGACGUGGAAUCCGUAACAGUGGAUAUGAUACCGAGCCUGAAAUUAUAGAAGAAACAAAUGUUGACCGUGUCAACGAGCCUCGGAGUUACACCAGGUCCUGUCAGGCCAAAGGCCACUCCGAGACUUCAACUUUAAGUUCUCAGCCCUCCAUUGAUGAGGUUCGACAGCAGAUGCAUAUGCUCUUGGAAGAGGCGUUCAGCCUGGCCUCAGCGGGCCACAGCGGGCAGAGCAGGCAGGAGGCGUACAGCUCAGCUCCACACUUGCCCUACUCAGAGGUUGUGACCAGCGCUCCCGGUACCAUGACCCGACCGAGAGCCGGGGUGCAGUGGGUACCCACAUACAGACCAGAAAUGUAUCAGUACAGUUUACCAAGACCAGCUUACAGAUUCUCUCAGCUUCCUGAGAUGGUAAUGGGUUCUCCUCCUCCUCCUGUCCCUCCCAGAACAGGUCCUGUGGCUGUUGCCUCUCUCAGGAGGUCUACAUCAGAUAUUGGCAGCAAAGUGAGAAUCCCUGAGUCCAGUGGGGCAGAUCAGGCCCAGCAUCAUGAUCAGGCAUCUUUUGCACCAGGUUCAAGAGCUCCGAUGUCUGUUGGUCCACUUGAUCAAUCAGCUUUUCACUCAGGAAGUACUGUACCAGCAGUGUUUGCCAUACCGGCAGCAAACCGACCUGGCUUCACAGGCUAUUUUAUCCCAACACCACCGAGCGCAUACAGGAACCAAGCCUGGAUGCCCUAUGCUGGAGAAAAUGAAUUACCAGGGCAGUGGGCAGACUCAUCCCAUGAAAAAGAGUCAGAUAUCACUUGUCACAAGUGGAGACUGAGGAGGAACUGCACAAAGCUGGAAAGCAAGUCUCCAGCUGCCAGUUCUCUGGAAGGAGAAAGUGUAACCCUGUUGUGGGUUUCCCUGUCUUCAAGGAAAGAGGUUCCACUUCCUGGAUACAUCGAGGCUUACCCGAGGUCCCGCUACCAACAUAAUUCUCCUUCCCGACUCCCUCGCCAAUACAGCCAGCAAGCCAGCAUGCACCCCAGCCUGGAACAAGCUCCUUUGCCGUCCACUGCAGCUUCUCAGCAGAGCCUGACAGAAAAUGACCCGUCUGAUGCUCCUCUCACCAACAUUUCCACAGCUGCCCUCGUAAAGGCAAUAAGAGAAGAAGUUGCUAAGCUGGCCAAGAAGCAAACAGACAUGUUUGAGUUCCAGGUCUAA